AUGCAUGGACCUACAUCUAGGAACACAACGACGGGAGUGUGGUGGCCAGAAUCGACCACACUCUCAUUGCUCGCCUGCUGCGCUUAUGGGGUCAUUGGAUUCACCGGGAAACGGGAAAGGCGCGGCGUUGUCAUGCUUCUGCUCGACCAAAAGGCAACGUCUAACAAGGCUCCUCAUAGCCAAGUUGGGGUUGUGAAAAUCUUAGAGGAGUUGUACCUCUUGUUCGCCGGAAUUGGAUUUCCAGACGAUAAUGGAAUCAAGCUAAACCCAUUAGUCAGAGGAACUGGAACAGAGACGUUUUCCGUCCGAUUUAACGUCUCAGCAUCAUUGGUAUACUAUUAUCAAUUUAUCAUUCUUUAG